AUGGGGACACCUGCUGCAGACAUGUACCCCAGAAAGAUACUGGAGUAUAUGGAAGGAUUCCUCAUCUCCAAGGCGGUCUUCUCCUCCUGCGAACUGGGAGUGUUUGAUGUGUUGCUGGGUGCAGAGCGCCCCCUGUCUGCAGAGGAGAUCAGCCAGGCGGUUGGAGCCAGUCUGGAUGGCACACAGAGACUGCUGGCUGCCUGCACCGGGCUGCAGCUCCUCAACACACACCAGGACAAUGGUCGAGUGCUUUACAGUAACUCAGAGCAGGCCAGCGUCUACCUGACCCGCUCCAGUCCCCUAUCCCUCUGCCAGUCCAUCCAGUACAGCUCCAGGACCAUCUACCUCUGCUGGCACUACCUGACCGACGCUGUCAGAGAGGGAAGAAACCAGUAUGAAAAGGCGUUUGGAGUCAAUUCGAAAGACCUGUUUCAAGCUCUCUACAGGUCUGAUGAGGAGAUGGUGAAGUUUAUGCAGUUAAUGAACUCCAUUUGGAACAUCUGCGGUAAAGACGUGAUCACAGCCUUCGAUCUUUCGCCUUUCAAGGUCAUAUGUGACCUUGGAGGCUGCAGUGGAGCAUUAGCCAAGCAGUGCACGUCAGCCUACCCAGAAUGCACUGUUACGAUCUUUGACCUCCCCAAGGUGGUGCAUAUGUCGAGGGAACACUUUGUCACGGAGGCUGACCAGAGGAUAAGCUUCCACGAAGGGGACUUCUUCAAAGACCCCUUGCCAGAGGUUGACCUCUACAUCCUCGCCAGAAUCCUCCACGACUGGACAGAUGAGCACUGUGUAGAGCUACUCAGAAGAGUCUACAAAGCCUGCAAACCAGGGGGCGCUGUGUUGCUGGUGGAGGCGUUGCUCCAUGAGGACGGCUCCGGCCCGCUGACGGUGCAACUCUACUCCCUGAACAUGCUGGUACAGACGGAGGGCAGAGAGCGGACAGCUGCUCAGUACGCCGCCCUGCUGGCUGCUGCCGGUUUCACCGACAACCAGCACCGCCUCACCGGGAAGAUCUACGAUGCUGUGCUGGGACACAAAGCGACAGGAGACCGGUAG